AUGACAGAGAUACUUGCUCAAGACGGAAUGAUAAUCGCAAAAAAACUUGAUGGUAUGAUGGUUCGUAAGUGCGUAGCCAUGGCAAUCAUAGAGCAUGAUCUCCCAUUUUCUUUUGUGGAGUAUAAGAGAGUUAGACAAUUGCUCAAAUACAUGAAUCCAGAUUUCAAACCAAUUUCUAGGAAUACCAUUGUUGCUGAGGUCCAGAGAUUGCAUCAAGAUCAUAAAGAGAAACUGAAAAUGGAGAUAGCUUCUGUCCCUAAUAGAAUUUGUUUGACUGCCGAUGUUUGGAGAUCUAUAGCUAUUGAAGGAUAUAUAUGCCUUACUGCGCAUUAUGUUGAUGAUAGCUGGAGAUUAAAUAGUAAGAUACUAUCUUUUAGUGUCAUGCCUCCUCCGCAUUCUGGAAAUGAGUUGGCGAAGAAAGUUCUCGAUUGUUUGAAAGAUUGGGGGAUAGAAAACAAAAUAUUCUCGCUCACGCUUGAUAAUGCCUCAGCUAACGAUACUAUGCAGAGUAUAUUGAAGGACCAGCUUUGUCUACAAAAUGGAUUAUUAUGCGAUGGAAAAUUUUUCCAUGUUCGAUGUUGUGCACAUAUUUUAAAUCUUAUUGUGCAAGAAGGAUUAAAAGUGGUUGAUUCUGCCUUGUAUAAGAUCAGGGAAAGUGUGAAGUAUGUUAAGUGGUCAGAAGGAAGGAUGAAUAUGUUUAAGGACUGUUGUGAGCAAGUUGGCGUUGAUAGCAGGACAGGUUUGCUUUUAGAUGUUUGUACCAGAUGGAACUCGACUUAUAUGAUGCUCAAGAUUGCUAUUAAGUAUGAACGUGCAUUUAGUAGUCUGCAAUUGCUUGAUCGGAACUAUAAGUAUAAUCCAUCAACACAAGAGUGGCAAAGAGGAAUAAAGAUUUGUGAGUUUUUGGAGCCAUUCUAUGAGAUCACCAACUUGUUUUCUGGGUCUAAAUAUCCUACUUCCAAUUUAUAUUUCUUUCAAGUAUGGAGAAUAGAGUGUUUGCUGAAGGACUACAUGAAAAACGAAGAAGAUGAAAUCAUUCAAUCUAUGGCCAUCAAUAUGAAGGGGAAGUUCGAUAAGUAUUGGGAGGAGUAUAGUGUGACCCUUGCGUUAGGAGCUGUUUUGGAUCCUAGAAUGAAGUUGGAAUUAUUGGAGUUUGCUUACAGUGAGAUUGAUCUGAGCACUUCCAAGGAAAAAAUUGAUCUUGAAAAUUGGAGAUUUGAGUUUAAACGACGCAAUUUCAAGGAAAUCGAAUGGAAAACAAAUGAGUACAAAAUUGGUCUGGUUUAA